CCUGCCAACAACCAACCAAGCAUUUGCUUGUUGAGAUUGCUGGCAGUGCAUCACCUCGACAGCAGCAAUGGGCGCACAGAAGAAGAAGGCUAAGUUCGUGGCCAAGGGUCUGCUGCAGCAGAAGAUCAAGCAGCGCAAUGCCAAGAAGAAAUUCCAGGCCAUGAAGGACAAGAAGCGCAACCGCUUCGAGCGCAACAGCGAUGCACCCAGCAAGAAGAAGCUGCGUAACGCUGCGGCCGAGGGUGGCUCUGCUAAAAAGGACGAGCCCGACAUGCUGGACGAGAUGGACGUGGAUGACUUCCUGAACGCCGACUUCCUGGACUCGGACAACGAGGAGAUCGAUGAUGAGGUGGUCGAUGACGCUAGCGAUGAUGGGAGCAAGGCAAAGGCCAAGCAGGAGAAGGACGACGAUGAUGUGGACGACGGUAGUAGCAGUGAAGAGGAGGACGAGAGUGCUCUAGACCCUCGCUACAUGUCCGGCACUCCGAUUGGUGGAGAUGACGACGAUGACGAUGACGACGAGGCUGAGGAGACGGAGGAUGCUGAACAGGAGCAGGAACAAGAGGAGCAGAGCGUUGGCCGCACCGUCGUGACCAUGGCCAUCUUGCAGAAGGCCGAGAAGGAGUGCUUUGAGGCCAAGUCGGUCUCGGGUCUGCGUCGCUUGAUGAAGAUCUUCAGCGACGCCUGCCGUUCCAGCGACGCUGCGGACUCCAGCAAGGAGGGCGAGAUCACGUUCGACGUGCAGAGUAGCGCCGUGUACAACCGCUUGAUGGUCAACGUGUUCCGCAAGACUCACGAGACUCUGACCGCUCUGGUGGCGCUUGAAUCCUCGUCCGAGGAAGACUCCAAGCUUAAGAUUGACGACAAGAAGUGGAAGAAACACUCACUGGUGAUCCGCCGUUUCUUCAGCUGCGCCUGCUACCUGCUCGAACAAACCACCGGCCAGGACAUCCAGACCUUCGUGCUGCGUGAGCUGGCGCACUACAUCCCGUUUGUCGUGCCGUGCCCCAAGACUUCGCGUCGGAUGCUCAAGGCGCUGCUUAAACUGUGGGCUAAGUCGCUGAACGCCAACGUGUGCAUGCUGGCCUUCGUCCGCAUUCGUGACAUGGCUCUGGCUGUGCCUUUCCCGUUCCUGGAACUCUGUCUGAAGGGUAUCUACGUCACGUACAUGCGCAAUACCAAGUUCACGAACGAGGUGACGCUGCCCCACCACAUCCUCAUGGGCAACUGUGUGGUCGAGCUCUUCGGCCUGGACCUCAGCAGCUCGUACCAGCACGCGUUCGUGUACAUUCGCGAGCUGGCCAUUGCUGUGCGUAAGACUAUCACAUCUCCGGGCCCGGACUCGUUCAAGGCUGUGCUCAACUGGCAGUUCUUCAACCAGUUGCGUGUAUGGACUGCCGUCGUGUGCGCGUACCCGGCCGAGAACCAGCUCCGUGCGCUCGUGUACCCCUUGAGUCAGCUCCUACUCGCCGUUGUGCGACUAUCGAGCACGCUACGCUUUGCCGCGCUGCGUUUCCACUGCGUGAAGCUGUUGCAGCAGCUCGCGCUCGCUACCAACUCGUUCAUCCCCACGAGUCCGGCUCUGCUUGAAGUGCUGCAACUCGAGCCGUUCAAGUCGUCGUACAGAUCUAGCGGAGCCAAGAAGGCUGCUAAGGGCAGCAAUCCUACUACUGAGGUGGACCUGGAGCUCAGCGUGAAGCUGGCGAAGACGGCUCUGGACGCCAAGCGCGUACACGAUCAGAUCAUUGUACGGCUCUUUGAGCUGCUACAGCGCGAGUGCGAUGUGUACAAGUUCAACGUGGCCUUCCCGGAGUUCGCAGUGCCAUUGCAGCUCACUCUCAACAAGUUCGUACACGCGUGUGCAGUUCCCAAGUGGAAGGCCCAAGCACGUGGACUCAGUGACAGUAUAAAGAAGCGUGCAGACUGGAUCCGCUCCAAGCGCAGCGGCCUGGACCUGUGCCCGAAGGAUACGGCGCAGCUGGAUGAUUUCUUACGUGCUGAGCGUGAAGCUGCAGUCAAGAAGAUCUUCGAGAAGGACGCGUCGGAUCUGCAGGAGAAGUUGGACGCUUCGGCCCAAGCAUCUAAGGACAAGGAGGAUGACUCCAAGCCGGCUGAAGAAGGGAAGAAGAAGAACAAAAAGAAGAAACAACGCGCGAAGAAGAACGGCACGCCCGUGGACGAAGAGACUGUGACCAAGGUCAAAAAGAUGUCGCUCAAGGAGUUUAAGAAGUCGGUGGCAGCAGUGGACGCUGCUGAUGAAGUGGGCGACUUUAACUUCUCAUCGGACGAGGAGUAAGUAAACAAGGAGAAAGCACUUGAAUAGAUACAUUGGCAAUGUUUGAUGCAUAAAGAUGGUGUAUUAUGGAGCAAAAGGGAACGUUCUUGUCUACAGAGUGGCAAGUGGCCUCCUCCCUAAUACAGACUGGUCUUCUUCAUAAUGCGCA